CUUUUACUACUCCCGACACGGAUACUACAGAAAUGGGCUUUCUCAGGCGGAUAUUAUCACUUGGAGGCAAGAAAAGCAAAAAGAAUCGAAAACAUGAAGAUAUACAGGACCCUGGCCAGUUGGAUUUUCGGUAUCGACCCCAGACGGAGGAAGAAAGCGAGGCGGCAGCUAACCAUCUCCUUCGCUCGUCGUCUGCGCGUUACGCCGCUGUUGCUGAAAUGGACUAUCAGUCACUUCCACCUCUUCCUCACCCUAUCGACAAUGUCCUUCGAACACCGACAGGAUCCACUUGCAGCUUUGAAAGUGGAAGCUUGGCCCGACGCGGUACCUAUUCUGUAACAGUGUACCCACGAGAACGUCAUAUCGGUUCAUCCGGUUACAAGAGCUCUACAUCUGCGGAGGAACAUGUAACGCCUCGUGUGGGUCGCUCAAAUCAUUCAACCCCCCUAGAAGAUAGCCAGAUUUGUCGGCUUCGCUCCGACCCUUCCGUAGCGAGUCUGCUGGAAUUAUAUGACAAAGAUGGCUGCAUACCUUCUCGCGCUUUUGCAGAUUCGCCUCCUUCUCCAGAAUCGCCGUCUUCUCCUAGAGAGAGUCGUGCCCAAUGUCGCAGGAGUGGAUCUACACUGCGACAGCUUCUGGGGAGCCCUCUUCCCAGGAGUAGUGAUUCGGAGGCUUUCGAGGGGGACAUUUCAUGGGCUGAACGUUUCUUAGACGAGAGAGACUCGGCUUUUUCGUCGACAUCGUCCCUUAGCAUACAAACCCCCAUCCUCCCUCCUGAAUUCGGGAGUCCAAGCACUCGCGUCUACGCUGAGCCUAUGCUCUCUCUGCAUCAGGAUCGUUCCGUGGCCAUAUCAGACAACCCUACGUUUUCUUCUAUGGAAGUGGAACUCAGCGUACUCACUGACGCCACGCCAGCAUCGGAGUAUUCAGUUGAGAAGCCCGAACCAUACGAGCACUCCAACCCAUCGACUCCGCAAAGAGCUUCCCAGGUUUUCGAUUUUCUUUCGGACCGACAACGACCUCAUCCUCCCCCCUUUGACGACACAGAAAGACCGCUCCCUGAUGUCCCCAGUGCCCUUAGCUCCCCGUCUGACAAGAGCUCAGUUCGUAGACCAUCCUGUUCUCAAUUCUCCGACAGCUCUUACGAUGCCAUUUCCCUCUCAUCUUGCAACCCUCCUGCACCUUCCGGGGUCCAUGAUAUUCCAAGCCGCGGUCGGCCUCUUUCUGCUUCAUUUAGCCCUUCUUCGCUGGGUAAGAGAGAACAUUCUGCGUCCCCUGCGCCGCCACCAACGCCUGUAAAAUCAACACGCCAUCGGCUUGCACAAUGCACUCCAACUCCGGCUUUGCCCUCUCUUCAAUAUAAGCCUCCCGAAUCACACAUAGAUGAUAUGAAGCCCACUACCGCCAAAUCCCGCAAGGUCAAGGCCAUCCUGACAAAUCCCACAACACUUAUUGUAACAGCCCCAACACUAUCUACAAAUAACAUGGAACGACCAUCAUCACGCCGCAUUGGGGGACCUCGCUUCAAGAAGGCCCGGGGUCACGCUGAACGCAGACCAACUCUGAUUGAUCGUUCCAAUUCUCAAGGUUCGACUUCGGACCAUUUCACAGCUCUUCCCACACGCCAUAGGAAGGCUAGGCGAGUUUCUGUGUCAUCUGCGGGGAGUGCCAGGGAGAAGGAGAAUGGCAAGGUGGCCCUGUCAACCUUAACUUCGAAGGCAGAGCUUCCGUUCACGCCUGUGCGCAGUCACUCGAAAUCUCUCUGUCGAGCGGCGGUUGCACCAGGGAUGUAUGCCCCUCCAGAGGACAUGGUGCCAUCACCCGCAUCGUCGACAGAGCUUUCACCUGUUGGGAGGCAGGUUAUGAUGGAAGCCAGGAAGCAGAGAAUGAGAUUUACACCAGGACAAUAGCCUUUGAGGAGUGCCCAUGCUGUAUGUCAUGACUAUCGGGUUUGUUACGUUGCUAUCACUGUUUUCUCUUCGACUUCUACGUUAUUUAUGUUUUUAUUCACGAAUCCUGAUCAUUCUGCCACAAGGGCGAUGUUGAUAUGCCACAGGAAGACAAAAAUCAGGAAACGGCCAUGUAGAGUAAAAGUGGAGGCUGACAUCUCUUGACCACUUAAACGUACAAUAGGUCAAGGUAUGUACCGGGGUCGUUGUUACAGUGUCUAAAGGUGGUAAUAGAUAUGAUGUAUUGGGGU